GACAUAUGAUGUGACCCCUGUAUGAUAUAUAUAAUAAGUGAGGAUGUGUAUGUGAUAUAUGAUGUGGCCCCUGUAUAAUUUAGGGCCCCAUUAGGACUAUCCCCCUCCAGCUGAUCCCGUUGUCUCCUCUUCUCCUGAAUGACCCCCAAGGAUGGACACGGACAGGAAUGAGAUGACUAAGAGAAUAUUCCACCUCACCUUGGAGAUCCUCCACCUGCUGACUGGAGAGGAUUACACCAUAGUGAAGAAGACAUCGGGGGAGUGUGUGGCCCCCAGCAGCCAUCUUCAGGAGUCAGGAGGACGGAGCAGGGCCCGGGGCCCCAUCAUGGAGCCUCCACCUCACUCACCGAUACAUGAUCAGAAGAUACUAGAACUUAUCCACAGGAUCACUGAACUGCUGACUAGAGAGGUUCCUAUAAGGUGUCAGGACGUGGCGGUCUAUUUCUCCAUGGAGGAGUGGGAGUAUGUAGAAGGACACAAGGAUCAGUACAAGGAUCAGGUCAUGAUGGAGGAUCAGCAGCCCCUCACAUCACCAGAUGGAGUCAUGGAUAGAAAUCCACCCGAGAGGUGUCCCCGUUCUCUGCAUUCCCAGGACUGUCCAGAGGGAAAUAUCCCAGAGAACCAUCAGGAUGAAAAUAUUAUUUCUAUUAAGGUUGAGGUCAAAGAGGAAGAAGAGGAGGAGACGGAUUUCUAUGCCAAUCAGCAGUAUGGAGUCAUGGAUAGAAAUCCACCCGAGAGGUGUCCCCGUCCUCUGUAUUCCCAGGACUGUCCAGAGGGAAAUGUCCCAGAGAAGCAUCAGGGGGGAGAUCUGACUAAUAAUAAAGUGGAGGAUGAAGAAGAGAGGAUGAGGGGCCAUCACCCGUGUAUGAGGGAAGUGAAGGAGGAAAUUCCAGGAGGUGUUACCCCAGAAAAUCCCACUAGGAACUUUGGGGAAAACUUCAUAUUAUCUCCAAAUUAUAAAGUAGAAGAUGAAGAUAUGAUGGAGCGCUCUUCAGAUGAUGGAGCGCUCCUCACCCCUUACGUACAUCCUGGACUUCACAGUACAGAUCUAUCCUACAAUAAUCCCCCUGAUCAUGAGGAACCUUCUCCCGACCAAUCACACAUUGGCUUUUAUUAUGAUGCCAGCGGAAGAGAUUUUAUAAACAGUUCAAGUGUUGGGCACAGAGAAAGUCUCACAGGAAAAAAGCUGCAUGUCUGUUCUGAAUGUGGUAAAUGUUUUAUUGAGAAAUCAAAGCUUGUUAGACAUGAGAGAAGUCAUACAGGAGAGAAGCCAUAUUCAUGUUCUCAUUGUGGGAAAUGUUUUAUUGAAAAAUCUGGUCUUGUCAGACACGAGAAAAGCCACACAGGAGAGAAGCCGUAUUCUUGUUCAGAAUGUGGGAAAUGUUUUAAAUUGAAAUCAUAUCUUGCUUCACAUGCAAGAAGUCACACAGGAGAGAAGCCUUACUCAUGUUCAGAAUGUGGGAAAUGUUUUGCAAAUAAAUCACAUCUCGUUACACAUAAAAGAAGUCACACAGGAGAGAAGCCAUAUUCAUGCUCAAAAUGCGGGAAAUGUUUUGCAAGUAAAUCCAAUCAUGUUAAACACGAGAGAAAUCACACAGGAGAGAAUCCAUUUUCUUGUUUAGAAUGUGGGAAAUGUUUUGCAAGUAAAUCACAUCUUGUUAUACACGAGAGAAGUCACACAGGAGAAAAGCCAUUUUCAUGCUCAGAAUGUGGGAAACGUUUUUCAAAUAAGCCCAAUCUUGUUAUACAUGAGAGAAGUCACACAGGAGAGAAGCCAUUUUCAUGCUUCGAAUGUGGGAAAAGUUUUGCAAGUAGAUCAAAUCUCGGUAUACAUGAGAGAAUUCACACCGGAGAGAAUCCAUAUUCAUGUUCAGAAUGUGGAAAAUGCUUUACAAGUAGAUCCAAUCUUGUAACGCAUGAGAGAUGUCAUACCGGAGAGAAGCCUUAUUCAUGCACAGAAUGUGGGAAAUGUUUUACAAGUAAAUCCAAUCUUCUUAAACAUAAGAGAUGUCACACAGGAGAGACGCUGUAUUAAUGUUCAUAAGGUGGGAAAUUGUAAAAAAAAAAAAAAAAAAUCACAUCUUGUCGGACGUGGGAGAAAACAUACAGGGCAAAAUCCACUUUGAUGUUUUAUAUGCAAAAAACUUAACAGAGAAGAAACAGUGGCUCACAUUUACUAUGCCUGAUGUGCCUAACGUUUUGGUACCACAUGCGCCAAAAUAACGUUGCUUUAAAAUAAUUACAAACUUAUUAUUAGGUUCAUGCCAGAAAGAUACCGUAUAUAUUCGAGUAUAAGCCUACGCACCUAAUUUCACCCCAAAAACCCAGGAAAAGUUAUUGACUCGACUAAAAACCUAGGGUGGGAAAUACAUCACCCCCCCCCAAUGUCAUCAUCCCCCCCAUGUCAUCACCCCCCCUUCAUCAUCACCGCCUGUCAAUCCCUUUCAGUGGUCUUCA